CACUAUCACUGAAUUUAACUAAACAUUGACUUUGUUGAGGUGAGAGUGAUAAAUUAGGUGUGUAACCAUUUUUAAAAAUAUGAAUGGAAAAAUGGCAAGAGAAAAAUCCAUUAAGAAAGUCCUAAGAAUGUCUUUCAGUAAGAAGAGAAAGACCGCAGGAGAGUUGGAAUCAUGGUUCAAAACGGGAUCGACAAAAAAACCAACGGGAGUCCGACCCACUUCGACGCUGGCAGCACGGCCCAAUUCGGAGACCGAUUUCGUAGACGCUGACGAAGAUUAUCAGAAGAUGAUUGAUAUGAUGACCAAAGAAGAAGUCAAUGUAAAAAUUGAGGAACUUCUGAGUGACAUGAAUUUAACUGACGAUAAAAAGAGGCCUCUUAGAGAAAUGACAUUCGAACACAAACGAGCUAUGUUGGUUCAAAACCAGAAGAAAGGGCAACGAGAGACAGGCAACAGGUUCAAUGAACCUGAAGACUACCACAAGUACCUGGAGCAGUACAUAAAUUCCGAGAAUGUUCAGCUGUAUAAGUUUCAAAAUUGUGUAGAGAGUUUGAGAGUAGCUCUAGCCAAUAAUCCGCUCAGUUGGGUCGAAAAGUUCGGAUCUGAUGGUCUACAGAAACUUUUACAGGUGCUAGAAAUAGGGUUAAAACAUAGAGAAAGUAAAGAGGCCAGAGCCCUUCAGUCGGAAUGUUUGAGAUGUUUGGAGAAGUUCAUGAACAACACAACAGGACUAAAGGCUUUUUUUAAAAAUGCCCGUGGACAUGUUUUGGUGGCUAGAUGUCUGGAUCCCGAUAAACCUACUGUGAUGAUACAAGCUUUAAAGAUAUUAGCUCCUCUGUGUUUUCUUGAUGAAGGAGUACAUGAUGAAGGGUGCAGUAAAGUUCUAAAAGCUAUCACUUUGGUGGGAGAAGAAGAACAGAGAGAAAGAUUUUUGCCUGUUGUUAAUGGCAUUACAAAAACCAAUAAUGCAGACUUACAG